AUGCAUAAUUAUUUCUCCUCUGUUAAUCCCACUGCAUCUUCUCAAGUGGAAAAAGUUUUACGAGAGGAAAUUGCAGCUGGAAACUAUGUUAUAUCUGCUACCAAGCCGCUGAUUGUUAGUGCUCUUAGUGCCAUCCCUAAGCCUGACACUUCUGAAAUACGCCUCAUCCACGAUUGUUCAAUGCCGCCUGGUAACGGUGUUAACUCAUACAUCGAUAUUGAGCGACAAAAAUUUCAAACUUUGGACGAGGCUGCCCGCUUAUUGAAGCCUGGUUACUUUAUGGCCAAGGUUGACUUACGGCAUGCUUAUCGUUCUGUCCCGGUUCACCCUUCCAAUUGGCCAGCACUUGGUUUAAAAUGGAAGUUUAAAGGGGACAAAAAUUUUACCUACCUUGUAGAUACGCGCCUACCUUUUGGAGGUAAAAGUGCUCCUGGCAUUUUUCAUCGCUUGACCCAAGCAGUUCGUCGUAUGAUGGCUAGGCGGGGUUUUUCCUUGAUGGUAGUCUAUCUCGAUGACUUCCUCGUCAUUGGAUCAACACAAGCAGAAUGCCAACUAGCUUUUAAAACACUUUGUACUUUACUUGUGUCACUUGGUUUUGAACUUAGCCCUUCAAAAAUAGUGGCUCCAUGCCAACGCCUGACAUUUCUGGGAGUUGUCCUAGACACUGUGUCUCUAACUCUAUCACUGCCUGCUCAUAAACUAUCUGUUUUAAAAGAUGUUAUUGCCUUAUUUUUAACACGAAAACGUGCUUUCAAGAAACAGUUGCAACAAUUAGCAGGUCGCCUCAAUUGGGCCUGCAAAGUUGUGUACGGUGGUCGCACUUUUCUUCGCCGCGUCCUGGAUCUUAUGAACACUCUGCCUACCUCUGCCUCGAAGUGUCGGCUGACACUCGAAUUCCACAGAGAUAUGGUGUGGUGGGAUGAGUUCUUGGACACCUUUAAUGGACAAUGUGAUUUUCAUGACAAACGUCCAGUCACUGCAUUACAAACUGAUGCUUGUUCCUCAGCUGUAGGCGGAUUCUAUCUUGGUGAUUGGUUCUACUCAAACUUGUUGGUAUAUUCACCAUCACUUAGUUGCCUUCACAUCAAUUUUAAGGAAGCAUUGUGUGUUGUUCUCUCAGCUGCUCGCUGGGCUUCUGCUUGGCGCAAUAAGACGGUCCAUGUCUAUUGUGAUAAUACGGCUGCUGUCAGCAUGCUAAACAAGGGCACUACUCGAAACCCUCUUAUGAUGAAGUUUCUACGGCAACUUUUUUGGUUGUCUGCAACUUAUAACUUUCGUCUAAAGGUGGUUCAUGUGCCAGAUGCUCUUGGCAUGGUGCAGGCCUUGUCGAAUGAUGUCAUAUAUUUUCGUCAAGCUAAUUAUGCUGAGAGUACUAAGAAGAACUACCGUGCAUAUCUUACUACUUAUAAAAAAUUUUGUUACAUGCUGUCUGUGCCUUUAGUCCCGGCCACUACUAGUUUUUUGUGCUUAUAUGCAGCCUAUCUUGCCAAGUUUCUUCUGCCGCAGUCACUCCGUUUGUAUAUUUUGUUCGUUGGUUUAUUACAUAAGGAAAUGGGGUUUCCUAAUCCGCUUAAUGAGAACUGGAUACUGUCAUCAGUCCUCAAGGGUAUUAGACGAGUGUUGGGAGUCCCUCCUUGA